UUCUUCUCAUUCAGAGUUAGUAGCCGGGGAGGAAGCAUCAAGGGAGCUUCCACCGAGCAAACCCCAAACCCAACCCCAACAGGAGCUACCGAGCAAGACCCAAGCUCAAAGCCAACAGGAGGUACAGAAGGAGAGCCAAGCUCAAAGCCAACAGGAGGUACAGAAGGAGAGCCAAGCUCAAAGCCAACAGGAGGUACAGAAGAAGAGCCAAGCUCCAACCCAACAGGAGCUACUGAGGGUCUAAACGCAAUCCCACCAGACCAGGUCCAGCAGUAAGAGGUCCACCAGCCUUGGAUCUGGUCCCCCAGAGAAUGAAAAUGCAGGUACCAGAGGUGAUCAUGGAAGGAGAGCUGGAGAAGAGGAGUGACAACCUUCUCCAGUUCUGGAGGAAGAAGGUGUGUGUCUUGACCAAGGAGAGCCUGAACAUGUUUGCAGAUGGGCAGAAGAAGACCAAGUGCAAAGAGCUCAAGUUCCAGUCCAUAAAGAAGCUGGACUGCGUGGAGAGGACUGGCAAGUACAUCUAUUUCACCAUAGUCACCACGGAUAACAAGGAGAUUGACUUCCGAUGCCCAGACGAGAGCUGCUGGAACGCGGCCAUCACCAUGGCUCUCAUCGAUUUCCAGAACAAGAAGGCGAUCCAGCACUUCAGGAGCCGGCAGGAGGGUGAAAGGAGGGUCGCACCGUGCGUGUGAGCAGCAGCCGGCACGUGGAGCAGCAGCCGCACCUGAAAAGUGCACUUAUUUCAUGGACCAAACAAAGCGAGAGUCGAUCCCGGAGAGAGAGAAAUCACGUG